GCGAAGCCCAAGUUGCCGAGCAAACGGAGCGCUCCCGCGGCCCCGAGCCCAGCCGCCGCCGCGCCCGGGAGCCCGGCUCGGCCCCGCCCGCUCGGGGCCCCCGCUGGCCGAGGCCGCCGGGCGGGGGCGGGGACGACCAACUUGGGGCGCGGCGCAGCCCCGCUCUCGGGAGAGCAUCGAGCCCGGGAGCGCCACGGCCGCGGCCAGACGGCGGGAGCUAAGCACGGCGAGCGGAGGCGGCGAGCGGCGCCCGCGCCGCAGCCCCGGCCUCGCGGAGAGCGCGAGUAUUUUUCAAACGACUCAAACUUUCCUCCUUUCCCCGCUUUCUGGGGUCUCUCUUGCCUGGAAUUGCUCUCCUGAUUCCCGCGGAGCGCCGGGGCGCGAUUCCUCCCCAGGCUUCCUCGGUGGCUCGGUUAACUUCCCGGACCUGGGGACCGGUGGUUCUCGCCCCUCGGCCGAACCCAGCCAGCGUUGCUCCCCCGCUCAGGAGGGCCGGGGCCGGGGCGGGAGCUCCUUCGCCUCCGGGAGGGCGCCCAACCUGGCCCCCCUGGGUCGGGCUUCUGAGACCCCAGCACCCGCCGCAAGACUGGAGACAGCGGAUUAACCCCGAGCGAAGCCCCGGCCUUCCCGUCCCCGCUCGGCGGAGGGGCGUCCCCUGGGCGGGGAAACGACAAGUUUGUCAGUCGUCGGUGGCCUGUUGGAUCGAAGAGUCCCCGCCGCCGCAGAGGGGUUCCUGGGGCCCAGCACACGGAGAAGACAGCCCUGGGGACCCGGGGCGGAUCGGCCGCCGGGCUCCUCGGGCCGGGGCGCUGGCUGCUGAGCCGGGCGCGCCAAGGCACCCGGGGCCGGGCCAGCGCCCCCUGCGUCCCCACGCGGGCAGAGGCCCCGCGGGAGGAGAAACCCGGGUCGCCACCGCCGCCACCGCCGUCUCCCCAGUCUCCUGGUCUCCGUCGCCGCCCCCUCCGUCGCCUCUCGGGGGAAGGGGGGACGCAGGGGGCAUCGCGGGGCCCCGGCGGAUGCGCCCCCCGCCACCUCUCGGGCUGCGCCGCCUCGCGGGGAUGAAGCACCGGCCGUGAAGAUGGAGGUGACCUGCCUUCUACUUCUGGCGCUGAUCCCCUUCCACUGCCGGGGACAAGGAGUCUACGCUCCCGCCCAGGCUCAAAUUGUCCACGCAGGCCAGGCAUGUGUGGUGAAGGAGGACAACAUCAGUGAGCGUGUCUACACCAUCCGGGAGGGGGACACCCUCGUGCUGCAGUGCCUUGUCACUGGGCACCCUCGGCCCCAGGUGCGCUGGACGAAGACCGCUGGCAGUGCCUCGGACAAGUUCCAGGAGACGUCGGUGUUCAACGAGACGCUGCGCAUUGAGCGCAUUGCGCGCACGCAGGGCGGCCGCUACUACUGCAAGGCCGAGAAUGGCGUGGGCGUGCCUGCCAUCAAAUCUAUCCGCGUGGAUGUGCAGUACCUGGAUGAGCCCGUGCUGACGGUGCACCAGACAGUGAGCGAUGUUCGAGGCAACUUCUACCAGGAGAAGACGGUGUUCCUGCGCUGUACUGUCAACUCCAACCCACCUGCCCGCUUCAUCUGGAAGCGGGGCUCUGACACCCUGUCUCACAGCCAGGACAAUGGGGUCGACAUCUAUGAGCCCCUCUACACCCAGGGGGAGACCAAGGUCCUGAAGCUGAAGAACCUGCGGCCCCAGGACUACGCCAGCUACACCUGCCAGGUGUCUGUACGCAACGUGUGUGGCAUCCCGGACAAGGCCAUCACCUUCCGGCUCACCAACACCACGGCACCACCAGCCCUGAAGCUGUCUGUGAAUGAAACUCUGGUGGUAAACCCGGGGGAGAAUGUGACCGUACAGUGUCUGCUGACAGGCGGUGAUCCCUUACCCCAGCUGCAGUGGUCCCAUGGGCCGGGCCCGCUGCCCCUGGGCGCUCUGGCCCAGAGUGGCACCCUCAGCAUCCCUUCAGUGCAGGCCCGGGACUCUGGCUACUACAACUGCACAGCCACCAACAAUGUGGGCAACCCUGCCAAGAAGACGGUCAACCUGCUGGUGCGAUCCAUGAAGAACGCUACAUUCCAGAUUACCCCAGAUGUGAUCAAAGAGAGUGAGAACAUACAGCUGGGCCAGGACCUGAAGCUGUCAUGCCACGUGGAUGCGGUACCCCAGGAGAAGGUGACCUACCAGUGGUUCAAGAACGGCAAGCCGGCACGCAUGUCCAAGAGGCUGCUGGUGACCCGAAAUGACCCUGAGUUGCCUGCGGUCACGAGCAGCCUAGAGCUCAUUGACCUGCACUUCAGCGACUAUGGCACCUACCUGUGCAUGGCUUCCUUCCCAGGGGCACCCGUGCCUGACCUGAGCAUCGAGGUCAACAUCUCCUCUGAGACAGUGCCUCCCACCAUCAGCGUGCCCAAGGGAAGGGCCGUGGUCACAGUGCGGGAGGGCUCGCCCGCUGAGCUGCAGUGCGAGGUUCGAGGCAAGCCGCGGCCGCCGGUGCUCUGGUCCCGCGUGGACAAGGAGGCUGCGCUGCUGCCCUCGGGGCUGCCACUGGAGGAAACCCCGGACGGGAAGCUGCGGCUGGAGCACGUGAGCCGCGACAUGAGUGGGACCUACCGCUGCCAGACGGCUCGGUAUAAUGGUUUCAACGUGCGCCCCCGCGAGGCCCAGGUGCAGCUGAACGUGCAGUUCCCGCCGGAGGUGGAGCCCAGCUCCCAGGAUGUGCGCCAAGCGCUGGGCCGGCCGGUGCUGCUGCGCUGCUCGCUGCUGCGGGGCAGCCCCCAGCGUAUCGCCUCGGCCGUGUGGCGCUUCAAAGGGCAGCUGCUGCCUCCGCCGCCUGCUGUCCCCGUCGCCGCCGAGGCCCCCGACCACUCUGAACUGCGCCUCGACGCCGUCACCCGCGACAGCAGCGGCAGCUACGAAUGCAGCAUCUCGAACGACGUGGGCUCUGCUACCUGCCUCUUUCAGGUCUCGGCCAAAGCCUACAGCCCGGAGUUUUACUUCGACACCCCCAACCCCACCCGCAGCCACAAGCUGUCCAAGAACUACUCUUAUGUGCUGCAGUGGACCCAGAGGGAACCCGAUGCUGUGGACCCCCUGCUCAACUACAGACUCAGUGUCCGCCAGCUGAAUCAGCACAAUGCCAUGGUGAAGGCCAUCCCAGUGAGGCGCGUGGAGAAGGGGCAGCUGCUGGAGUACAUCCUGACUGACCUCCGUGUGCCCCACAGCUACGAGGUCCGCCUCACGCCCUAUACCACCUUCGGGGCUGGGGACAUGGCCUCCCGCAUCAUUCACUACACAGAGCCCGUCAACUCUCCCAACCUGUCAGACAACACCUGCCACUUUGAAGAUGAGAAGAUCUGUGGCUACACCCAGGACCUGACAGACAACUUUGACUGGACACGGCAGAAUGCCCUCACCCAGAAUCCCAAGCGCUCCCCCAACACUGGUCCCCCCACUGACAUCAGUGGCACCCCUGAGGGCUACUAUAUGUUCAUCGAGACAUCAAGGCCCCGGGAGCUGGGGGACCGAGCCCGUUUGGUGAGUCCCUUGUACAAUGCCAGUGCUAAGUUCUACUGCGUCUCCUUUUUCUACCACAUGUACGGGAAGCACAUCGGCUCCCUCAACCUCUUGGUGCGGUCCCGGAACAAAGGGGCCCUGGACACACACGCUUGGUCUCUCAGUGGCAAUAAGGGCAACGUGUGGCAGCAGGCGCACGUGCCCAUCAACCCCAGCGGGCCCUUCCAGAUUAUUUUUGAGGGGGUUCGAGGCUCUGGCUACCUGGGGGAUAUUGCCAUAGAUGAUGUCACACUGAAGAAGGGAGAGUGUCCCCGGAAGCAGAUGGAUCCCAAUAAAGUGGUGGUGAUGCCGGGCAGUGGAGCCCCCCGCCAGCCCCACCCACAGCUCUGGGGGCCCAUGGUCAUCUUCCUCUUGGCAUUGCAGAGAUGAUGAGAGCUGCGUGGCCCCCCCACCCCGCCCCCGGCACACCAAAGUGUCCGCAUCGUACCAAAGACUGACCCCCGCCAGCCGGGGUGCCCAGGGGCAGGGCCGGCCCGCCAGGGAGGGGGCCUGCACUGGCUACGAGGAUGAGCAGAGAACAAGGACAGAGGCCCAGCGCUGAGGCCCUGGAGACAGUCGUUCGACACACGCAUACACUCACUCACACACACACAGAGAUAUAUUAAAGCACAAGUUUCUAUCUGACCUGCCAGCACCUUCUUUUCUUCGGAGACAAGGGACUCGCCAGAAUGGCGUCCGCCACCCCAGGGACCUCGGCGCCACGUGGGCCUUGUCCUGGCUGCACCUGUGGUGUGUUUCUGACCUUCCCUCGUUCCUCAGACCAUUGGCUUUACCAGAAGGGAGCCAGAAGGGGAGCCGACUCAGGAGCCCACCCUUGGCUGGACUCUGGGACUCCCCGGGAUGGGGGAGGCCAGGGUCACAAGAGGCCGGGGGGUACCUGGUGAGCUCUGUGAAUGUCCCCCUGCGGGCAGUGUGAGGGAGGCCAGAUACCUGCUGCAUGCCCUCUGUUUUCAGGGCAAGGGCUGGAAGGUGGAGACCUCAGGUCACCUUGACCCCUUGACCUGUUCUUGGAUGUCAUAUCCUCCCCGCACCGCGCCCCCUUUGAAGGGACCCAGCACAGGGUCUUGGGCCUGGGCAGUCUGAAGACUGACACCUUCCUUCUGCUCCAUCUAACCCCAUCCCACCCAUAAGGAGCUGGAUUCCUGAGAGCACAAUCCCCACCUUGGUCAGCAGGCCUAACCUUAGUACCCACUGCCUCUCAAAGGAGUGGGGGUGGGGGGUGGUGGUGGCCAGCCAUUCCCCGGGUGAGGCUUGACUUUGAGAGGAGUAGAGAAGAAGGCCUGUUUUUGCGAAUUCAUGCUCUCAUGGCAUUUGGGAGUAGAGUGGAGACUUCAUUUCUUCUAUACUUGGUAUGAAGUGGUGUGCUGGAUAGGAGGAUGUGUGUAAAGGGGGUACCCUCCUCCCCCUCCACUGCAAAGCACUGGCCCUUCCCUGCCCAGGGGCAGUGAAGGAGGGGUUUGCAGAACUGGGGCAGGGAGUGGGGCAGUGGCUGGCCUCCGUGCUGCCUGGAGUUAAGCUCAUGCCUGGAACUGUGAAAAGGCUCUCUGUCCACGGGUUCUGGGUUGGGAGCCUAGAUGGGCACGGUGGAAUCUAGCCCUCUCCUUCUCAAUGUCAUCCCUGAGAUCCCACCCUGCCAUCCGUGGGAGAGAGGAGGCCCAGCCCCUUCCAGGAUGAGUCUUCAUGCACGUGUCCAUGGGGCUGUGUGUGCGUGUGUGUGUGUGUGUGUGCGCGCGCACGCACGUGAGUGUGCCUGCCUGUCUGUGUCUGUGUAGCACUGUGGGUACAUCUCUGGGCAGGAGUGGGUGCCAAUGUGAGUCUGCACGUGCAAUUACACAUAUUUGUUUGUGAGGCUGGGCCUAACCCCUGGCUCAGUGCGCGCCUGUGGAUGUCAGCAUGCAUGUCCCCCUUCACAAGUGACACAAAUGUCUGUGAGUGCUGUAGCACUCUGUAGCCUACUCUGUAGCCUACUGCAGAGUAGUACUAGCCUACUCUGUAGCCUCAAGCUGCCUGCCACUGCCCCACCUUUCAUCCCCUAAGGAUGACAAAGAGCUUACAGAUGACCCUACUGAAAUUCAAGCACCUUUGGUGGCCCAUGCCUGGAGCAUUCGGAGGGGACAGCUGCCAAGCAGAGGGAGCCAGGCAGUGCCAAGAGGCAGGCAGGGAACCAGUGCAAAGGCUGCCCAUCUCACUGCCCUGCCAGGCCUGUGCUAUCAUCAUCACCAACCAGCUGGGGGGGGGGGGGGCGGCGGUGGCUGGGCCAGGCCUGGAGCGGGGCCUUCUGAUCCCGGACCAAUCUGGCUGUCUUGCUGGCCCAUCUGAGGCCUCUCUCCAAAAUGAGUGGCUCCAGGUUCCCAGAACACGCUUGCAUCCCGUCUGCUGAGUAUUGUUCCUUAAUUGUCCCAUCUGUGCAGGGUCUGUUGCCCCAACUAGACUGUGAGCUCCUCCUCUGAGCCUUCCAACCCUCUCACCCAGCCCAUCCCAACCUCAUGCCCAGCACAAGUGGGCCUGUUAGGGAAAUCAGAGAGGGCUUUGCCCAGCGGAAUGGAUUCUAUAAAUCAGUGAUUUCCAGCCCCAGCUGUAGAAUCAAACCUCCAGAGGGUCUUUUAGAAAGCACGGAUGCUUGGUCCUACCCUCAGAGGUUUUAAUUUAAUUGGACUGGUAUGCAGCGUGGUAUCAGAAACGUUUAAAAGCUCCUCAGAAGAAGCCAGGAAUGUGAACCACUGGCCCAUCACCUGCCAGGGGCUUCCUCUGUGCCCUUGCUGGGGUGGGUAUGGAGAUCCAGAGAGGAAUGGCACCGGGCACCUCCUCCUUGGGGCACCAAGGUCCUUGGUCCUCGUGUGUGGACCGGCAAGGUUGGUGCCUGUUUGUGUUUGUGUGUGUGUGCGCGGUCUGAAGGGACUGUGGGUGUCCAUGUGUGUACUAACACUUCCAGUGUGUGAUGGGAACUCCUAGGAUGUGCCGGUCUGUGUGUGGGAGGAUGGGGUCUGCAAGGAAAGAGAGUCUUCUUGUGUCCCAGUGUUGGUGUGUCUGUGUCUGCCUGUGAGUCAGCACCUCUGUGUCAGUGUCGGCUGUGCCGUGGGUGGCAGCAUCUGUGUGCCGGUAGGUGGCCCGUGAAGACCCCCAGCCCAGGGGAGACCAGGCUGGCUGGAUCCAGCACAUCUCCCCCGAGGCAGUCUCGCCCUCAGGGUCAGGGUGGCUGAGGCAUUUUGUGGCCUUAAAACAGGGAGUCCGGGGUCAGCUCUCAAGGCGUUAGGGUUUAUUCACCUCUGUUGCCCCCUGUUUGAUGUCUGGGGAGACCCCUGGGGUCAGGUGCCUUACAGGCAGAAGUGCGGGAGUCUCAGCUGGGCUUUGCUGCUCCUGGGACCACAGGCAGGUGCCCAGGGUGCCCAGCUACGCCUUCAAACCACGCCCCCCACUUCCCGGGAUGCUCCCCCCACCUAGCUUCUCUGGGAUACUCUGCACUCUCUUUCCCAUUCAUUUUCCUUUCUCCCUGUGCUUGGUGGAAACCCGGGGCUCAGGCUCUCACUGCCUGAGGCCAAACCUCUCCUUGUGUAAAUGAGAAAGGUGCAGGGGUGGGGGUUGGCCCAAGGUCACACACAGCCCCUGGGGGUGGAGCCAGCUUUGCAAGCCAGGUGCUCCCACCCUGGGGCGGUCACACUGUGGGCCAAUGCCUCCAGCCUGGCACCAGGGGAGUUUGGCCCAGCUGCCCUGUCUCUGGGCACUGGUACAGAUGCUACAGAUGUUUCUGGGAGGGCUCUAGGAGCCCUUUCUGGCCUCUCAGCCCAGGCCACUGCUCCUCCCACCCCAGAUCAGACCUGAGUGCCAUGUGGACUCUGCCUCCCUGUGCCUCCACUGGCUUUAGCUACUGCCUAGGCUCCCAGAUAAAAGGGACUGUUUCCCCUCCCCAGCCCUCUGUACAGAGGGUACAAAGUCUUGUGUUUUCCUCUUCCUGAACUCAGGGGGCUUGAUGGCAUUUCCAAGAUCUGUUCCAAGGAUGAACCUUCUCCAGGGAGUCCCUGUAGGGCCACGGGUUGAGGUUCUGGGCUCUGGGGAGCCCUCCAUACUUCCAAAGGCAAGAUAGCAUGACCUUCUCUGUUAAUCAGUGCUGUGUGAGAGUGUGUGUCUGUGAGGGUGAGGUGUGUGUGUGUGUGUGUGUGUGUGUGUGUGUUUGUUAUGUAUAUAUGUGAGGGUGUGUACUGGGGCAGAAGGACCACUCCUUCCUAGGGAGCCUUUGACCAUGAGAGCUGGAAGGGACCUUAGAGACCAUCUAAUCCAGUGCCCCCACGGUACAGGUGAGAAAGCUGAGGUCAGAGACAUGUCACUUGUCCACCAUCACCACUCCCUCCUGUCACCUGCAUCCAUUUCCCAGAGGCCCCACUAGAAGUGCCCUCCCUCCUGGCACCUCCCCACCACCUCCUGGCUGCCCCCAUAAUCACCUUCGAAGCUCAACUCUGCUGGUCCCUCUGACCCAGCGGUCUCCAAGCAUCGUUCUUGCCCCAGGUGGGAGCUCACCAAGGCCGCUCUCCCCAACCCAGGAGAAGGGGCAGGGGAAGGAGGGGACUGCUUCAGCCCUGAGGCCUCCCAGACUUGAGAGAAAAGCCAACCCCUCCAUGCCCAGGCCCACCCCACCACCAAGGUAAAAGCACAACAGGAGACCCUCAUUUAUGGGUGAAAGGUAUUGGGGUUGUUUUAGUCACACGACCCCGUCCUCACCCCUUUGCCUUGCUCUCUGUCUCCACCCCAGCCUCUGUCCCCCUUUGUCCCUCUUUCACCCCCAAGCCCCCCAAAUGUAACCUCUAGUUGCGGACGCGGUUGUUUCAAUCAAUAAAGCUGCAGUGUUCUAGUG